ACAACUGCAUAAAGGACAGGGCCGGUGGUGAGACCUCCAGUGCCCAUCAUGUGACAGGGCCUUCGAAAUACCUAGUUGACAAUAGGCACAAGGCCUGGGCACAGGCAUGGAGAGGAGCAGAGACAUCCGAGGAGCAGCAUCCCUGAGAAACAGGACACAGACAUCCCACAGCAGGGGACAGAGCCACAGGUAGAGGGGCAGGAGACUAGGAGCUUAGGAGCCAGCACUGCCAGCCCCAUGCAUUCAAGCCCCAGCCCACAGUUACUAGCUGUGGACCCUGGGCUUCUCCCUUUGUAAAACGGAGAGCAAUUGUUUCUACCCCUCGAGGUUGCCACGAGGAAAGACUUAGGAUGGUUCCUGGCACAAAUAACCCCCCUCCUGGCACAGGGUGUGAGAUUCUGCUGGGCUCCUGGUCUCACAGGGGUUGGAUGUGAUGACCUUUGAAGGCACCCCUCCCCCAACAAGCGGUUGAGAUUCCACAGAUGCUGUGCAAACAGCAGAGGGCUGUGAGCUGGCACCUCAGCAGAGGCUCUUGUGGAUGUGCAAGUGACACAUCCUGACCCUUGUGGGUGGGCAGGUGGCACCACACAAUAGCUUUCGGGCUUUCUCAAAUCAGACACAGCCAAAGCAAACCAGCACAGCCUUGCCAGGCACCGUGCAGAGCAAUGGUGUUUUCAUGAGCUCCAGGCCACGGCCAGCAAGCUCGGCAGCCUGUUUCUAGGCUGUCCGUCCAGCAGUGUCAGCCCACUCCUGGUUACUAAGCAACCAGCUGCUGCGGCAAGCCCAGUCCCGCGGCCUCACGGGUCACUUACUAUUGUUGUCAUCACCAGGUCCUGCCCCCUCAAUUGCACUUUCUCACCCACAGUCACUGAACCAGAACUGCCAUCUUCCGGUGGAGGAACCUGAGGCCAGAGAACCAGAGGCUGUGCUGUGCGCCCAGCCCCUCCGCCUGGCUCUGGCUUUCAGAUCCAGCUCCCCCAGCUAUAAAAUGGGGAUUUGGCCCAAGCGACUGUAAAGGCACGAAAUGCUAUGGGGGAGGCAGAAGGGAAAGCUGGCCUCAGCCUGGCCAAGCACGCACAAGUCUCUGGUCCUUUCGUUCGCGGACAGGAAGAGGACAGGACAGCCCCCGAAAACCCCUGCCAGGCCCCAGAGUACCUCUGUUUGAGAGAAGGGAGAAGCUGAGGCCUGCCCUAGAGAGCGGGGUGGGGGCGGCGCCCGCUGGGAGGAGGCGUCCACCACAGACACCAACCAGGACGUUCCGCCGCCGGCCGGCCGCAGGCCCGAGCGCGGUGCCCGCCGACUCCCGGCGCUGCCGCCGGGGCCCCCUGCUGCCCUCUGGCGGCCGGAGCGCGGCGCCGUCCUAGGCGCUAAAGGCGCCUUGCGGAGCCAGCACCCGCCCGCGGAAAAGCGGAGGGGACUGGCGCUGGGAACUGUUCUCAAGACCGAAUAGCUAAGGCGAGCAAAGCCUGGGCACUGUGCCUGGUAUCUGUAAGCACCUGCUAUUACGCUGCUAUCCCUGGAUUUCUGCUGCCUUUCAAGGGAAAGUGAGGGCCCAAAAAAGUGAGUGUGUGUGUGCUGUGAGUGAGGGUUCUUGGCCGCAGUCACAGGAGCUGCAACCAGACGCUCUUGCCGCCACUGAGCCCCGUGCAGUGGGAAAGCGCAGGUUUGCCCGCUCCAGACCCCGCCGGAUCCUGGACUCGGUCUCUUUACCGCGCCCUGCGGGCAGCGGCGCGCGGAGGGCGCGGGCGGGAGCGGCGGGGGCCGCGGGCGUGACGCACAGAGGCAGGGAGGGCGCGGGGCGGGGCGGCCACGUGGGCUGCAUAUAAAGGCGACCUCCAUGCGCGGAGAGCCAGAGCGAGCGACUCGGCCCCAGAGUCCGAGCUAAACCCCCGCCGGAGCUCCAGCAGAGCCGCACGGCAGCCCAACCCGCGCCACUCCCACGAUCCCGGCCACCCGCUUGCGCUUCUCGUGGCCCGCUCCCGGUCCCGCGUCCCCUCCGCCCAAUGAAACUGGCCGCGAUGAUCAAGAAGAUGUGCCCGAGCGAUUCGGAGCUGAGUAUCCCGGCCAAGAACUGCUACCGCAUGGUCAUCCUCGGUUCGUCCAAGGUGGGCAAGACGGCCAUUGUGUCGCGUUUCCUCACGGGACGCUUCGAGGACACCUACACGCCCACUAUCGAGGACUUCCACCGCAAGUUCUACUCCAUCCGCGGCGAGGUCUACCAGCUGGACAUACUCGACACGUCCGGCAACCACCCGUUCCCCGCCAUGCGGCGCCUGUCCAUCCUCACCGGAGACGUUUUCAUCCUGGUGUUCAGCCUGGACAACCGCGACUCCUUCGAGGAGGUGCAGAGGCUCAAGCAGCAGAUCCUCGACACUAAGUCUUGCCUCAAGAACAAAACCAAGGAGAACGUCGAAGUGCCGCUGGUCAUCUGCGGCAACAAGGGUGACCGGGACUUCUACCGCGAAGUGGAGCAGCGCGAGAUCGAGCAGCUGGUGGGCGACGACCCGCAGCGCUGCGCCUACUUCGAGAUCUCGGCCAAGAAAAACAGCAGCUUGGACCAGAUGUUUCGCGCGCUCUUCGCCAUGGCCAAGCUGCCCAACGAGAUGAGCCCCGACCUGCACCGCAAAGUGUCGGUGCAGCACUACGACGUGCUGCACAAGAAGGCGCUGCGGAACAAGAAGCUGCUGCGAGCGGGCAGCGGCGGCGACCCCGGCGACGCCUUCGGCAUAGUGGCGCCCUUCGCGCGCAGGCCCAGCGUGCACAGCGACCUCAUGUACAUCCGUGAGAAAGCCAACGGCGGCAGCCAGGUCAAGGACAAGGAGCGCUGCGUCAUCAGCUAGGAGCGCCCCCAACCCCCGCGUUGGCGACAGAGCCUAAGGAGGACCUCUUUGUUUAAGUCUCAUCUGAAGUCCGAGCUGGCCGCUGCGCCCCUGGCCGCGUGCACGCGCGGACUGGCAUCUUCCCUCCUCGCGGCGCGGCCCCGCGCACAUGGGGAGGUGUAACUAAGAAGGGACAGUCAUCUGCUCUGGAAGGAAAGACAACUGGCCACGAUGGACUCCCCCACCUCGGAUCUCUCACUGGUGCAGCACCCCCCCCCCACCGCCUGGGGGCCAGGGGCCCAGUACAGAGUGAAUUUGUCUGGUUUCUCGCAAAGACCUAAGAAUGGGGCUGGGUGGGGAGUGGGAGUUAGUUAAUCAGCCACUGUUUAGACUGAGAAACGCAUCUGGCUGUUGGAGGGUCGGGACAGGACAAAUGGGACAUUAUCUUUUCAGUGAUUCUGGGUUGCUGUGACAGCUGGGGAAAGAAAGCCUUUGCAUCCCCCAAAAGUUAAGGGGUAUGGGCACAUUAUGGCCAAGUGAUUUGUUUACAUGUGUGUGUGAAAUUGCACAAAGGAAAACAAAACAAAACUUGCACUUAAUAACUUCUGAUGCCAUGGAGAUGAACAAAAUUUAUCCAGGUGUUUGUACUGUGUGUGUGAGAUGGUCUUUAAGGUUAUUGUUAAUUUGCUUUUUAAUAUAAAAUAAAAUAAUUAAAAAUGGGAAAUCAUGCUUUC